GGCUCCUGCGCCCGGUACCUUAUAAGAGGACGUCCGUCUGCGGGCUCCACGCCGUUCUGCGAGACUCUCUCCUCCCCUGCCUGUCACGGAGCGUCCUAGGCCGGCACACAGCAGCCUCCAGCGGGCCUCCAGCACCGUAUCGUCGGAUCAGAACCAGAACCAGCGGGUCGUGGGAAACAUGGAGGACUGAGAUUGCGUGACUUUUCCCCCACAACUCAGGACCAACUUUUUUUUUUUACCAGAGGAUUUAAAACUUUUUUUUUUUUUUUUUUUUAAAGAAUUAUCUCAUAUUUGAAAGUUUAGUGCGUAGAUAAUUAACUUUUUUUUUUUUUUUUUUUAAGUGGGGAUGUUGAGCUCUGUGAAGAUGGAAGCCCACGACCUACCUGAGUGGAAUACUUUCUACAGCGAAGCCAGCGAGAUGUAUUCCUCUCCCAGCAGCAUGAACUCGGCCCUGGGUUCCGUGGGCCCCAUGGGCACCAUCAACAGUUACAUCAACCUCAACCCGGCCGGCUCUGGCCCGGCGGGCAUGAACAUGGCGUACCCCGGCUCGGGCCUCAGCACCUCGCCGCUGGCCUCCAUGGGCUCCGGGGCGGCUCACAUGCCGCUCUCCCCGGUGGCGCCCUCCCUCAGCUCAGGCUCGCUCACCCAGCUGGGCCCGGCCGCUGCGGGCUCCCUGGGCUCCCUGUCCCACUACCAGAACAUGCACGGCCAGUCCAUGGGCCAGCUGGGAUACUCGUCGGGCGCCUCCCUGAGCCGGGCGGGGCCCAAGGAGAUCCCGCCGAAGCCGUACCGGCGCUCGCUGACCCACGCCAAGCCGCCGUACUCCUACAUCUCGCUCAUCACCAUGGCCAUCCAGCAGAGCGGCAGCAAGAUGCUCACCCUCAACGAGAUCUACCAGUGGAUCAUGGACCUGUUCCCGUACUACCGUGAGAACCAGCAGCGCUGGCAGAACUCCAUCCGCCACUCGCUGUCCUUCAACGACUGCUUCGUCAAGGUGGCCCGCUCGCCCGACAAGCCGGGCAAGGGUUCCUACUGGACCCUGCACCCGCAGUCCGGGAACAUGUUCGAGAACGGCUGCUACCUGCGGCGCCAGAAGCGCUUCAAGAUCGAAGACAAGAUGGCCAAGAAGGCCAGCAAGGACGGCGGCAAAGGGGUCCACGGCGGCGACGCCAUGUUGGGGGACAGAAGCCCCACGGGGGGCUCGGAGGAAGCGGACUCCGCCCACUCGGACAGCUCCCACCCGGGUUCUUCCGACGACCAGCCGCUUUCCAGGAACUCGCUGGUUCCGUUGGACUGUCCCCCGCUCUCCACCCACCUCCACAGCCCGCCUCCGUCCCAGCCGCCGUCCACCUCCUCCUCCUCCAUCCCCCCGUCCUCCUUGUCCCUCUCCGCCACCGCCGCCAUGAACCCCGUCUUCCACUCCCAGUCCUUGGCGGGCGGCGCCCACCUCCUGCCCGGCGCCAUGCACCAGCACAUGGACCUGCAGAGCGACGCCCUCAAGUCCCUGGACCCCCACUACAACUUCAACCACCCCUUCUCCAUCACCAACCUCAUGUCCAACGAGCAGAAGAUGGACCUCAAGUCCUACCAGGACCAGGUGAUGGCGUACAACAACUACGCCGCCGGGUCGCCCGUGGCCGCCAAGCAGAUCUACGACAGCCCCGGCCCGGCAGCCAUGGACUCCGGUGCCUACUACCAGACUCUGUACAGCCGCUCGGUCCUCAACGCCUCCUAAUGGACUUCCUGUCCGGCGGAAGAGACUGGCCGCCAUGUUCGAUGGACCAAAGAAGGUUAUUCUUUUCCCAUGGAGACUCUCUGGUUACACCACGCACACACGAGCCUGACGACCGUGGACUUUGUACAAAAUGUAAAUAGCAGCAAUGUGAGUGCGUGCGUGGAGGGAGGGGGGGGUUAGAGGGGGGGUUUAUUUGCAUUUAUUUAUAAAGGGAAUACAUUUUAAUAUAUCAUAUAUUCUGCUUUGUGGACAAGUUACAAGCUUCACCAGUUUCUGCUUCAUUCAUGUUACAACCUCACACUUGGGGGGGGGAGGUUCUCCCCCCCUAAAGACCGGCCGUGUUGUUACCUGGACAGGUGAACGCUUUGCACGAGAGGAGAGAUGCACUAUGGGAGAUUCACGUACGGUACUUUGCACUAUGGCGCUCCCACCGGUGGGCCGAUAGUGUGCGGGUGUUACAGAAAAAAAGAGCGUCGGAGGUCUCUCAAAAAGGUGUGGCACGGCGGUCAUUCUUCUGUCCAACACCAUCAGUUGUCCACACACUGAGGGACGAUAAAGACUUGCAGGUCACAUGACAGAAGAGGAGGGUCUCGUUUAUUAGGUCGCUUUUCAAAGUUAAAAAAAAAACAAAAAAAAAAAAAACAACGCAGCGUGUCCUUCUGAUAUAUUGUUUGUUGGUUUCAAUGUGAUUACGUCUUUGACUUUUCCUAAUAAAAAGGUUCAAAAAGGGGAAAAUGCUGCAUGUUGUGCUUC